GGACGCGCAGGCUCAGCGGCGAUGGCUCACGGGCCCAGCCGCUCCACGGCAUGUGGGAUCUUCCCGGACCAGGGCACGAACCUGUGUCCCCUGCAUCGGCAGGCGGACUCUCAACCACUGCGCCACCAGGGAAGCCCUGGCUCAGACCAUGACCGGCUUCAUACCUUGGUAACUGAAAACUGUUUUCCGGACAUGGUCUGGGACAUCAAAUACAAGACCGUCCGCUGGAACUUUGUAGAAUCUUUAGAGCCACCCCAGGUGGUGCAGGUUCGCUGUUCAAGUCUGCUGAACCAGGGCAACACGUAUGGCCAGGUCACCAUCCGCAUGCACACCCGGCAGACUCUGGCCAUCUAUGAUCGGUUUGGCCGGUUGAUGUAUGGACAGGAAGAUGUGCCCAAGGAUGUCCUGGAGUAUGUUGUCUUUGAAAAGCAUCUGGUGAAUCCCUAUGGGAGCUGGAGAAUGCAUGGCAAGAUCAUUCCCCCAUGGGCACCCCCUAAGCAGCCUAUCCAUAAGACGGUGAUGAUCCCUGGCCCCCAGAUGAAACCUUGGGAAGAGUAUGAAGAGCCACAAGGAGAGGCCCAUAAGCCUCAGCUAGCGUGAUGGCAAAAGUGACUCCUCGGGUGAAGCGUGGGUGGUGAGGUGGCUGGAAGCUGUGAAGUCUGGGAGUCUGGGAGCUGUGAAGUCAUCCAUUUUCUUCAUGCUGUAGAAAGAGCUACCUUUGUUCUCUCUUGCCCCGCUUGGGUCUUUUUAGCAGUCUCAUCCUCAGUAACCACUACUGAUGGUUGAGCCCUAGUGGGUUGGUCCUGCGCACAGCUAUGGACCUACUUCUUCUUUCUUUAAUCUUAUAUCUAGCUUCUAACUCCAGAUGAAAAACAGUAUGUUUCAGAGAAUAUCUGAUACCAGCUUUUCCCGCAGCAAGAACUGUCAGGAGCAAACUGGCAGAACUUUCUAAUUACUGGGCAGGGUCACAGUUUGAAAUAAAGCAAUAAAGCACUAUCAGGUAUUGGACAA